GAGCGGAUAACAUUGCGUUGUUGUAGUUCUUGGAGUCAGCCACAAAACACACAAAAAUUAGAAUCAAACAAACAAAUCAUCAUUCAGCAUUCAAAUAUUCAGAGCAACGUUCGAUUUCGAUUUCGAUUCGAUUCGAUUUUUUUUUUUGGUUUUUCUUUCUGCUGAAGUUCAGUUCGAUCGUGCAAAAUAUAUAUCGAGAACGCUAUAUAAGACCUUCAAAAAAAACAUAUUUGAAAAAUUCGACUGCAAAAAUUGGUGUUUUGGAAUUUAUUUGUGACGGCGCGCGAAUUUUGAAUAAUCAUAAAAAUCAAAGAAAUAGCAAAAGAAAACUUUAGGAAAAAUUUGAAAAAUUUCGGAAAUUGAAAUUUUGUGCGCAAUUUUUUUUGUUGUCUUUUUUGUUGUUGUUUUCUGGUGUCAAAUAUUCGAAAAGUUAUCGAAAAAAAAGCAAAAGAAUAAAAAUUGAAAAAAAAUACAGCAAAAGUUCAAUUAUUGUUUCUGUUAUUGACGAGCGAGAGAGAGAGAAGGAGAUAGUGAGUGUGUGCGAAGGAGAAAGAAAGUAAUUUAAAGAAAAGAAAGAGACAGAAGAAGCAGAAGAAGAAGAGUGCAACUGCAACUGCAGCACGAAGACAAGAGGAAGCAAGAAAGAGCAACAAAAAAAAAAAAGACAGCAGUAAAGGCAGCGUCAAAAUGGAAUGACUAGGGCUGCCAUUGGUGGCCACAUAAGUCAUCGUUGCCGUUGCCGUCGAAGAUGCUGCAGCAGCCAGCUGCCAGUGCAACAGACGGCACCGCAGCAGCAGCAACUAGACAGUCGAACAAUGGCCAGCGACGUCGCGUGGCAGCAGCAGCAGCAUCAGACGACGACAACAGAAGAAGCAGCAGCAGCAGCAACAUCAGCAAAUUGAAGGCACAACAAAUGCAUUCCAACGAGGAGCCGCCCAUGUCGGUGAUUGUCGAUGGUGGCCAUAGUAUGCCACAGCAACCACAACCGCAACCACAACAGCAACAACAGCAACAGCAAUCAAAGUUGCGUCGCAGUGGCAGCGCAAGUGCCGGCGGCAGCCAACAGCGGCUGACGCGUAAAACGAGUUCCUGCAGCGCCAGCAACAAUAAUAAUGCCAAUGCCAAUGCCAAAGAGGCGACGCCACAAGCGACGCGACGGACGCAUCGACAGCACUCGAAUGCCUCCGAUAGCAUGCAGCACAAACAGCAGCAACAGCAACAAUCAUCGCAACAGCAACAGCAACAUCAUCGUCGCUAUCAGCACUCGAGUCGCGGUGGCAGCAAAGAGCGACAGGAUCGUCCGGAUCGCUCAGAUCGUCCGGAUCGCUCAGAUCGUCCGGAUCGCCAGGAGACAACAAGACGUCGUGCUGCAAGGCGUCACAGUGGCGCCUCAUCGCUCAGCGUGGCACGUGCCACACGCAACGUUGGUGGCACAUCGGCGGGCAGCUCAUCGACCGCCUCAAGCUGCAACGGCAGCUGCAGCUCCGACGAUGGCGAUUCAUCGCACACAUCGUCCUCAUCGUCCAGCUCAUCGGGCGAACCCAAUUUACCGUAUCCCGGCUUCCCAGAGAUUGCGAUAAUAGCGCUCACCCAAUACACGCGACCACGCAACUGGUGCCUCAUGCUCAUCACCAAUCCGUGGUUCGAGCGCAUCUCGAUUCUGGUCAUAUUGCUGAACUGCAUUACCCUGGGCAUGUAUCAGCCCUGUGUGGACGAUACGUGCCUCAAGCCGCGCUGCAGGAUACUGCAGAGCUUCGACGACAUAAUCUUUAUGUUCUUCGCCCUCGAGAUGAUUAUCAAAAUGGUGGCCAUGGGCUUUUGUGGGAAGAACACGUAUAUGGCCGACUCGUGGAAUCGCUUGGACUUUUUCAUAGUGCUUGCUGGGCUGCCGGAGUAUGUGAUGCAGGUGGAGAAUCUUAAUUUGACGGCAAUUCGAACGAUACGCGUGCUUCGACCGCUGAGAGCAAUCAAUCGCAUACCCAGUAUGCGUAUCUUGGUGAUGCUACUGCUGGAUACUCUGCCCAUGUUGGGAAAUGUGCUCUUGCUCUGCUUCUUUGUGUUCUUUAUCUUUGGCAUCAUCGGCGUGCAGCUGUGGGAGGGAAUCUUGCGACAGCGAUGCACUUUGGAACGACCCGAUGGCAUGAUCUAUCCCAUAACGGGACUACCUGAAGUGUACAGAGUUCGAGUCCGUGUUAACUCGAAAAACCAUCAGUUUCUAUUGCAAAGCCUGUCGCAAUAUUAUGAAUUCUCCAAGGAUCAAGACUACAUCUGCUCAACGCCCGAGGAUUCGGGAAUGCAUCUGUGCGGCAAUUUUCCACCCUAUCGCAUCGGCUCACUCAUUUGCAACGAGGAGGCCAAGCUGCUGGACCUUAACGAGCCAACGAACACGUCGUGCGUGAAUUGGAAUCAGUAUUACACGACGUGCCGUCAGAAGGGCGAGAAUCCGUUUCAGGGCACGAUAUCGUUUGACAACAUUGGCAUGGCCUGGGUGGCCAUAUUCCUGGUCAUCUCGCUGGAAGGCUGGACGGACAUUAUGUAUUACGUGCAGGACGCGCACAGCUUCUGGGAUUGGAUCUACUUUGUUCUGCUAAUUGUGAUUGGCUCGUUCUUCAUGAUCAACCUGUGUCUGGUCGUCAUUGCCACGCAGUUCUCGGAGACGAAGAAACGGGAGAUGGAGCGAAUGCGACAGGAGCGAGCACGCUACACAUCGACCUCGACGUUGGCGAGCAGCACAAACAACUCGGAGCCGGCGACGUGCUAUGCGGAGAUUGUCAAAUACAUCGCCCAUCUGUGGCGACGCUUCAAGAGACGAAUGUUAAAGAAGUACAGAUUAUAUAAGUAUCAGCGGCAACAGCGUCGCGAGGGUCUGCUGCCGAAUGCAGAUAAUUUGACAUUUUCACCGUCGCGCAUCAAAUGCCAUCAUCCGAAUUGUCCCAAGUACAGUAAUCGCAAGCCGUCCAGCAUACAGGAUCAGAUGAUUACCGUCAUGGUGCCUCUCAAUUCCAACAACAACAAUAGCAACAGCAAUAACAACAACAACAACAAUAACAGCCAUCAUCACAACAAUAGCAACAACAACAGCAGCAACAGCAACAAUGGCAGCGCCAACAACAUCAACAUCAAUAUCAACAACAACAACGGUAAUCACACAACUGUCGCCUUGGUGAAUGGCAUCAAUGGCAGCACGGCCAGUGUGACCAUGGCACACCAACAACAUCAGCAUCCACAUCAUCAUCAUCACCCAGUUGUUGCUGGCACCUCAAGUCUGGGCGGUCAACUGUCGUCGUCGGACAACACGGAGCAAUCGUUGGGCGAAGGCGGCAGCAACUCGGGCAUUGCUCGACGCACCUCCUCGCUGAAGAAACCUGCCACAUCGCAUCACAAUAUGCAACUGAAGCCAGACGUUGCAAGCCUCGGCGGUGAGCAGAAGACCAUUCUGCUGAAGAUGCCACAGCAAGUCAUCGAUUCGGAUCAACUGAUUCUGCAGUUGGGAAAUUUAGGCAAGAGUCAUCCCUGCACCUCGGGCUUCCUCAGUCCGCCAACAUCGGCGAGUCGUCGACCCUCGGUGAUGUUCAAUGAAUAUGUGUUGUUGCAUACGCCGCCAGCGUUGAGUGGCGAACCAACAACAACAGUUGCUACUGCGCCGCCGGCAACAUUGACAACAACAGCAACCACAUCAAUGGCAGCAGCAGCAGCAGCGGCGGCAGCAACAACAAGUGGCAGCGGCAGCAACAGCAGCAACAACUUGGACAAGAGCAACAACAUUCAUUGCACCGAAAAAAUGACACAAGCGGGCGAUGGCAGCAUCUGGCAGGUGAAUCUGCCACAGACGAUUGGCACCAUUGCCAAUCCGUAUGCGGAUUGCUCAGAGCUGGGUAUACACGACGCGAUGACUUGUCAAGAGCUGUUGGCAUUCUCGGUGGCAUUUUCAGCGGCCCUGCCGACGGGUCAGAGUACGCUUGAAUCGUUUUACACAUCGCUCGCCCGCUGCGAUCCUCACACUGUGGAGGCCCUGAAGCGUGCCACCGCCACUGGCGAUGCCGAAGGCGGUCUAGCCACAACAGCCGCUGCGGCUGUCGCAGCAGCAACCGGAGGAGGGGCAACAUCAGCUGAGGCAACAACAGCAACUGCAGCAGCGGCAGCAGCAGCAACAACAUCAUCAGCUGGCAUGAGUCUAGAACUUUCAGCGGUUUCGGCAGCCGUUCCGUUGCCUCUGCCCCUGCCACUGCCGCAUGGAGAGACACAGCAGCAACAACAGCAGCAGCAAUCGCAGCAGCAACAGCAACGUUCACGCAAGGAUCAACAAUCGCAUCACAAUAACAACUACAACAACAACAAUAAUAAUAACAAUAACAACAACAACAACAGCCAUAGCCGCAACAACAAUGGGCAGCGUAGCUCACGCAGCCACGCCCCCACCGGCAACUAUAUGGAGGAUUAUGCCUGCUGCUACGAUCUCUAUCAGAACGCUCUGUCGCCGCUCGACGAGCGACGUCGUCCACGCUCGGCGGGAUUGCGACUGGUGAUCGCCAUCUAUCGCUGCCUGAUGCGUGUCUGCAGCUGGAUCAGACGCUACAUUAAGCGUCUGGUGGAGCACAAAUACUUUCAGCAGGGCAUUCUCUUGGCCAUUCUGAUCAACACCCUGUCGAUGGGCAUCGAGUAUCACAAUCAGCCCGAGGAGCUGACGGCCAUCGUCGAGACGAGCAACGUCGUCUUCUCCGGCAUCUUUGCAGUCGAAAUGCUGCUCAAGGUGAUUGCCGAGGGACCCUUUCGCUACAUAGCCAACGGGUUCAAUGUCUUUGACGGCAUCAUUGUCAUUCUCAGCGCCAUUGAAAUAUGCCAGCAAUUUAGGGGCAACGGCACCGGCGGCGGUGGGUCGGGUUUGUCCGUGCUUCGCACCUUCCGACUGUUGCGCAUCCUUAAGCUCGUCCGGUUUAUGCCCAAUUUGAGACGUCAAUUAUUUGUCAUGCUGCGCACCAUGGACAAUGUCGCCGUCUUCUUCUCCCUGCUUGUGCUCUUUAUCUUCAUAUUCAGCAUACUCGGCAUGUAUCUGUUUGGCGGUAAGUUUUGUAAAUUUUUGGACGAAUCCGGAGUCGAACGUGAAUGCACGUGUCCCGAAAUAAUCAGCCGACAUCCGCAAUGUGAAUGCGAUCGCAAACACUUCAACAACAUUUUGUGGGCCACUGUCACAGUUUUCCAAAUACUGACGCAAGAGGAUUGGAACGUCGUCUUAUUCAAUGGCAUGGAAAAGACAAGUCAUUGGGCUGCAUUGUACUUUGUGGCUCUAAUGACCUUCGGCAAUUAUGUGCUGUUUAAUUUAUUGGUCGCCAUUUUGGUUGAGGGAUUCAGUUCAGAGCGAAAUGAACGUCGCGAGCGCGAACAGCGCGAAUUGGUUAAGAAACUGCGCGAAGAGACAUUGGCCGAAAAUUAUAGCGAUGGUAUGUACGAUGAAUCACGCAGCGAAGCUGAUUCAUCGACCACUAACGAUAGUUACUACGAGGUACGCAAUCGCUGGCGUAGCGCCGAGGACAUGCGCAAGCAGCUGCAGGACUCCGCCGAGCUGAUCAUUGAGGGCAAAUCGAAUAUGCAUCGCCAGCGUCUACUCCAGCCCAUCCAAGACUAUCAGAUCAAUGAGCUGCCCUCGGAUGCUGCCGCCAUUUCCCCAGCCGCCGACAAGGAGGGCAGCUGCAGUAAACUCUUGCCACACGAUGACUCCAAGCCACCACGUGGCGGUCUCAAAAAGACAUACUCGAUUAAGGAUCGACGCAGCGAUGCGCCACGCCUCUCCAAGAUGCGGCUGAUACGCGAUCCGCCGCUGAUCACCACAACGGCUGCAACGCCACAGGACUCGCCCAGCACCACCAUGGACUCGGGCAUGACCUUUCGCCAGUGGGGCGACGUUGAGCCACCCGCGUCACCUUCGCCAUCGCUGCUGAAGCCGCCGAACAUCUUCAGCGGCGGUCAGCGGACCCUGGACGAAGGCAUACCGGCCAUCGAUCUCAUACCGCCAUCGCCGGUGCUGGCCCACAAGCCACUCAACAUACUCAAUGCCAGCCAGCUGCAGGGACAUCCCGUUGUUGGAGCGACGGCGGCAGCGACAACGAGCGUCGGCGUCGGCAGCGGCAGCAGCAGCGAUCAAUUGAGCAGUCUGUUGCCUGGGGGCUUAACGAGCAGCAUGCACAGCGUGAUCAUCGAUGAUAUCUCGAAGCAUUCGAGCACAAGUGCCGCUGCCACGCCCAUUUAUGUGCCCACCAUAUCAUCGAGCACUGUGACAGCCUCACUGCAGCCGCCCGCCGAGAGUCACAGCCACAGUCACAGUCACAGUUUGAUUUUAUCGGAUUUGUCGCCCAUGACGGUGUCGCUGACGGGUUCGGUUAGCUCUGCGCUGGGUGGCAUUGGAGGAGGAUUAGCAGGCGGAGGCGGAGGCAGUGCCUCAACUAGCGGCAGCUCGUCCAGCGAACGUUUGCCACUGGCGCCGGCGAGCAGCUUUAAGCAACGCUUUCGACGCAGCAGCUCAAAGAAGCGACGCGGCGGCGCCACCGGCGAUGAACAUUUCGGUGGCCAUGUCGAUCUGGAGGAGGAGCAACAACAGCUCAACAAUGGCAGCGACAACAGUUGCCUCUUGCGCUCAACAACAACAACCGCUACAGCAGCAGCAGCAGCAGCAGGAGCAACCACUCAAGCAAUAGUUACUCCAACUGCACAAGGACACAAGGAUACGAAUCGUGUGAGUCCACAGAACUCGAUUCGUCGCCUGUCGAAUACGUUGAGCAUUGGCAGCGGUCCGGGAAGUCGUCGUGCCUCCGCCUGCAUUUUCAACUCCCAGGUCUAUCAGAAUCUGAAUCAGCCGCCCAAAUUGAAACCGGGCGCCGGCCAACGGCGAAUGAGCUCCAUUGAGUUGGCCUUUAGCAAAACGUCGCAUUUAAAUCUGCACAAUCUCGAGGCGAAUCGCAAAUCGUUGUCGUACACCAAUUCGAAAAUCGAUUUGGAUAAAUGGCAAAAGUCCUACACGAAUCUCAAUGAACCCGAUAUGCUGCAACAGUAUAUGGAGGCGCGGGAUAAGCGCAAGAACUCCAUCAGCCAUUAUAAUCUGAAGAAACGUCUAGAGGAGAAGGAGCUGCAACAGUUGCAGCUACUCCAUCAGCAACAGUUGCAACAACAACAGCAGCAGCAACACCAAAUGCAACUUGCUGAACAUUCACAGCUGCCGCCACAGCAGCUGACCAAGGAAUUGCAACAGCUGUCGUUGCAACAGCAACAGCAACAACAACAGCAACAUUCCAUGGUGCCCUGCGGAGAGCACAUGUCCAAGCUGAAGAUGCUCAUCCAACGGCUCACGCCCAAGCACUUUACCAUCGAGCGUGAGUCCUACUCCAUGUACAUCUUUCCCGAGGAGAAUAGAUUCCGUCAGGUUUGCACGUGGUUUGUGAACCAGAAAUGGUUCGACAAUGUUGUCCUAUUGUUCAUCGCACUCAAUUGCAUAACUUUGGCCAUGGAAAGACCAAACAUCCCUCCAAGCAGCACCGAAAGAUUGUUCCUGUCAACAGCCAAUUACGUGUUCACCGUCGUCUUCACUGUCGAAAUGUUCAUUAAGGUAGUUGCCACGGGCAUGUUUUAUGGCCCGGAUGCAUAUUUCACAUCCGGCUGGAAUAUCAUGGAUGGAUCUUUGGUUACAAUAUCGAUAAUAGAUUUGUUAAUGUCAUUGAUUAGCGAAUCGAGUCCCCGGAUAUUUGGGAUUUUAAGGGUGUUUCGGCUACUUCGUUCCCUGAGGCCGCUGCGUGUGAUUAACCGCGCCCCGGGUCUGAAACUAGUCGUGCAAACGCUCUUAUCGUCCCUGCGUCCCAUUGGCAACAUUGUGCUCAUCUGUUGCACCUUCUUCAUCAUCUUUGGCAUCCUAGGCGUUCAACUCUUCAAGGGCACAUUCUUCUACUGCGAGGGCGAGAACAUCAAGAACGUUCGCAAUGCGGACGAAUGCCGUCGCAUACCCGGCAACGUUUGGACCAAUCGCAAAUACAAUUUCGAUGACCUGGGCAAGGCACUCAUGUCGCUCUUCGUGUUAAGCUCCCGCGAUGGUUGGGUCAACAUCAUGUACACGGGACUGGAUGCGGUCGGUGUGGAUCAACAGCCGAUUGUCAACUACAACGAAUGGCGUUUGCUCUAUUUCAUUGCGUUCAUACUGCUCGUCGGAUUCUUUGUGCUCAACAUGUUUGUGGGCGUUGUCGUUGAGAAUUUCCAUCGCUGUCGCGAGGAACAGGAAAAGGAGGAGAAAAUCCGACGUGCCGCGAAGCGAGCACUGCAAAUGGAGAAGAAGCGUCGACGCAUGCAUGAGCCACCGUAUUACACAAACUAUUCACCGACCCGAAUGUUUGUUCACAAUGUCGUCACCUCAAAGUACUUUGAUCUGGCGAUAGCAGCGGUCAUCGGUCUCAAUGUGGUCACCAUGGCGAUGGAGUAUUACAUGAUGCCCAAGCCGUUGCAGUAUGCACUGAAGAUCUUCAACUAUUUCUUCACCGCUGUCUUCAUACUCGAGGCGAACAUGAAACUGGUCGCCCUGGGUUGGCGUCUGUAUCUCAAGGAUCGAUGGAAUCAACUCGAUGUCGGCAUCGUUCUCCUCUCCAUUGUGGGCAUUGUACUCGAAGAGCUCGAGACGAACAUCAUACCGAUUAAUCCGACCAUCAUUCGGGUGAUGCGAGUGCUGCGCAUUGCUCGGGUCUUGAAACUCCUGAAGAUGGCGAAAGGGAUUCGAGCGUUGCUCGACACCGUGAUGCAAGCAUUGCCACAGGUUGGCAAUCUGGGACUGCUGUUCUUUUUGCUGUUCUUCAUAUUUGCGGCGCUGGGCGUGGAACUGUUUGGGCGUCUGGAGUGCUCGGAUGAGAUACCGUGCCAGGGGCUGGGCGAGCACGCGCACUUCGCCAACUUUGGCAUGGCUUUCCUCACAUUGUUUCGCGUAGCGACUGGCGACAACUGGAACGGCAUCAUGAAGGACACGCUGAGGGAUAAUUGCGAUGACGCAGCCGAUUGUGUGCGCAAUUGUUGCGUCAGCUCGGUUAUUGCUCCCAUAUUCUUUGUGAUAUUCGUUCUUAUGGCGCAAUUCGUUUUAGUGAACGUCGUCGUGGCUGUACUGAUGAAACACCUCGAGGAGAGCCACAAGCAAAUGGAAGACGAGCUCGAUAUGGAGGUUGAGCUCGAGCGCGAAUUGGUCCGCGAACAGGAGUUUGCACAGGAGCAAAAACUGUGCCAGCAGCUGGCGGAGGCGCAAAGCAAAGCGGCAGCUCCGCCCCGGCCAUUGGCCAAAGUCAAAUCGCUGCCCAAGAACUUCAUCUAUAGCACACCGUCGCUGGAUAAAAAGUUCCCCAGUCCCGCCAGCCUAACGACUGCCGGUGGCAACACAGGCAGCAGCAGCAACAAUCAAUUGGUUGCUCUGCCAUCGAUGACGACGACGGCAGCGGCGGCGGGACGUCGUCAGACCAUUCAAUACUUCCAACAACAACAACUGCAGCAGCAACAGCAGCAACAUCAACAUCAACAUCAACAGCAGCAGCAGCAGCAACAGCAUCUGCAACAGCUGCAGCAACAACACAGCGGCUUGGGUUUGAGCCUGGCCGAAAUGGGCAAUGCGCUGACGCCUCAGGCGCUGGGCGCUCGGUUGGGCGAACCCUUUGGCGUUGGCCCCGUGACGGGUGGUGCAAUGACCGCCUCCGGUUCGGAGGGUCAUGGGUUGCAACUGCCGCCACUGGGCCGGCGGGGGAGACGCGCCUCGGCUGCCGCCGGCUUCCGCAAGCGCGGCGUAUUGUCCAAGGAGCGUUCGCUCGACGAACAGGCCAUCAGAAGGCGCAAUCUGGAGGCGAAGCGCACCAGCUGCGACUCGUUGCCGUGGGGCGGCGAUGCUCUCGACUAUCGACGCGGCACCAUCUUCGAAAGCCUAGAGUCCGAUGGAGGCGGCGGUAGCGUUGGCGGUGGCGGCAGUGGUGGUCCAUUAUCAUCCAGCUAUGAUUUGGAUGUGGAUGUGCGCAGCAUACGAAGCGCUGAGGUGCCACGUUGUCCACGCCUCGAUGGCAUCAUCGAUGGCACUGAUGCCGAUGAUGUCGAUGCCGAUACCGCAGCUGCUGAUGCCGACAACGAAGCAGAGCCGCCACAACCACAAUCACAGCAACAACCACAGCAACAGCCUCAUGCUCAGCCCCAACCUCAGUCCCAACUCCAAUCACAGUCCACGCCCCUAUCAUCAUCAUCAUCGAUCACGCCAUCGGCCAUCAUCAAUAUGACGCCCACCGUAACACAGCAACAGCAACAGCAGCAUUCGCAACCGCGUCGUCCCUUCGGCUGGUCGCAGUCUGUCGAUCAGGGUUGCCUCCUGGGCGGACGCAGCAGUCUGCUGUUGUCCGUGCCACGCUCGAUGCCGCCGCGCAGUCGCAGCGGCAGCACGAAGCAGCUGUUCAAGCAGCAAGCGCUCGACGAGGACGCCGACAUGAUGGACGAGAAUUCGCUGCUGUUGCCCGCAGCUGUUGCCACGUUGCCACCUCAAUCAUCGGGUGGUUCCGCUUCGGCUUCAGCUUCAGCUUCCGGCUCGGCAUCCGCUUCGGCUUCCGCUUCCGGUUCGGGUUCACUCAAUGUCUCGGGCAACAGCAACAGCGGAAGUGUCGGUCCCGUGAGCGAUGCGCCAGCGUUGAGUAAGUCAGACUCAGCGGACAUCCUGCGCAUCAUCAGCGAGCGACGUCGCAUGGAUCAGCGGGAUCAAUGCGGCAACGAGGACAGCGACUACAAUGAGCUGUUGCUCGUCAAAUCGCCGCAAUCAUCGACGGACUAAACUUAAGCUAUCUCUAUCUCACUCUUUUACACAUACAAGCCACACACACUCUCGCUCACACACACGCCACAUUUCACUGAGGGUUCGGCUUGCUUUCAUCUGAAAGUGUUAUCGAUAACGACAAGUUUGCACAAUACAUUUAUAGGCACUCGACAAACUUUACUUUUCCCCCACAUUUUCUAGCCUUUGAUUCGAUAAACAUGCUUGCUGCAGUCUAUCGAUUAUAAUUUGCUAUUAAAUGUGUUAUCGAUAACAAUCAAUUUGGUCAACAUACCUUUAAAUUCCCCAGAACUCUUAUAGAUAUCGAUACAAUGGUCUCCCGAUUAACUCUAACCGAAAUUGUUAUUAAUUAAAUUCAUAAUUUGCUAUUCAGUGUGUUAUCGAUGACGAUAAAUUUACAAAACAAGACAAAAUAGUCUCAUCAGUCUUAGAUAGUUGACACUCCUUUCGCUUAACUUAUUCUCUUUAGUCUAACAUCUACAAAUUCAUCAGGCAAAUUGUUAUCGAUAACUAUCGAAUUGAGGAAAUAAGCCUGACACACACACUAUGUCUAUCUCUCACACACAAUUACACCACACACACAUGUAACUGUAGCCUGUGCUAACUUUAGGGAAUUUUCCAAGUGCUCAGUUUGAAGAAAGAAAAACUAAAACCCACAAAAAAAAUAAAAAAAUAAAAAGAAAACCCGUUAGUUCAUAGGCAAUUAAUGGUAACGAUAAACGAUUAACGAUAAAAUUACUCAUUAGAGUUUAGGGCGUUAACUGUAAACUGUAAAACUGUAAACUGUAACUGUAAAACAAUUAACGUAACGAUAACGAUAACGAUUACUUCUCAAAACUAGAGCGUUCUCUAACCAAACAAACAAAAAAGUGGUAAAUACCAAAAUAAAAUUACAAAUAAAUGAAAAUGUCAACUGUUUUUAGUGCAAUCUACGGUUUUCAUAAGUUUAGCAACACAAUGCGAAAAGGUAUCAAAAAACUUAUCGAUAACACAGAACAAAGAACAAAGAACACACAAAAUGUUGUAUAGAGCGUUUUCCGUUUCAAACCAAUAUCGAUAAAUGAAACUGAUAUAUACAAGUAUGUAUGUGUGUAUACAAAAAAGAAAAACAAGCGUUAUAUGCGAUAUAAAUAUAUAUACAGUUAUACAUAAUAAUAUAUAUACGAGAUCUAUAUAUAUAUAUAUAUAAGAGAGUACGUGCAUACAUGAUGGAAAUUGUGAACAAAAAAAAAAUCAUCAACUCUGUGAUUAGCUCUUAAAGUUUAAACAUUUAUAUAAACUAUAUACAAACAAGUAAAACGACAAAAGCGAUGAGAUGAGAAGAAACCAAAUACUAAAUGUAUCUACACUACACACACAACCUCUAGAAUAUGUAUAUAUAUAGGGCAUCUGAUGUGUAUUGCAUUGUACUGUAUUGUAUUGAAUUGUAUUGUAUUGGAUCGUAUUGUAUUGUAUUGUAUUGUAUUUUAUGUAGUCUAGUCAAAACGAUAACGAUUAACGAUAACAAAAAAAAAGCUGAUGCAGUAUUCACACAUUGAUAAGCAAUAUCAAGUUUAGCUCGUUAAGAUGAUACACACAAAAAUACUAAACAAACAAAACAUACCAAAGUACUACCAACAAAAAAUACCAAAUAAGAAAACCUGCAUUGUUGCCACUUUUCAUAAGAAAACAAAACACACAUUUAUGAAAACGAAUUUACAUAGUUACUUAACAAUAGAAGGAAACUCACUCUAUCUAUCUCCCUCUCUCUCUCUCCGUGACUUUUUCCUCCUCUAACAACUGGACAAUCUUUCAGCUAGAGCGCGCUCUCUUUCUCGCUCAUUUUCAAUAAAAUUGUGCCAAACGAAAAACGAAAAGAAUAAUACUAAAUCGUGCUGUCACUCUCUACGCUCUCUAUCUCACACACAGAAAGUAAGGGUAAUUAGAGUAUGUUAACUUGUUUAUGUAGUUUAAAAGAAGAAAAAACUGAAUAAAGGCGCCCACUCUCUUUCCUUCUCUAUUCGACGAUAAUAAAUCGCUAUACCCAAAGGUUUAUUUUUAUAUAGAUCAGAGAUGAAGAUGAAAAGAAAACUAACGGGCAAACGGGCAAAAUACCGAAAAUACUACAAAAACAAAAAAAAAACAA